AGAAAGGGAAAAGGAAAGGAGGCUGGGAGUACUGCUGGUUUAGCAGAAUAUCGUUUUUAUUUUUUUUUGUUUUUCAAUUUAGAGAUGUUUUUAACAUAGUCGUUUUUCUAGUAAUUAUUUAAUUAUUCCGUGAGUUUCUUUUUUUUUUUUUUUUUUUUUUUUUAACCGAACAUCACUGGUAGCUCUCGGCUGUUUUUUUUGGUGUGCAGUGGCAUUAAAGUAGGGAUCAUUUUUAAAAAUGAUUAUUUAUUAAACUUUUUUAUGCUGCGUGAUUGCCAUUUUUGUUAUUUGAUGUUUGCAUGAUUUCCACAAACAAGCAUGGCAAAGCCUACGAGGAACAAGAAACCUGUAGACUAUUCAUAUGUUGGUGAUUUUGACGAUGAAGAUGAGGAUUUUGCCUGUGUAAAAGCACCUCCUAGCAAAAAGCCUCGAGUGGCUCCCAUAGAACCAGAGCGACAGAAAAAGCUGAAGACGACCGAGAAGCCCCCCGUUCAGGAGCGUGGUGGAACUCUGGGGAAACCUUGUGAGGAAAGAUUACUUGUGGAUGACAGGCUUUAUCAAAGGGAUUUGGAGGCUGCGUUAGCUUUGUCAAUGCUGCAAACAGCUGAAGAAAACUUUGCAGUCAGUCUCCCAAAAGAGAGAGAUAAUGACGUUCAUGCUGACUCUGAAGUUGCAAAGAUGGAUGGGGCCACGUUACUUUCAAACUGCAGUGUGAAUGUUAGCAUUUUAGGCCUGGAUAAGAUCCCAGAUUAUAAUGACACCUCCGGUCGUAACAGACAUAGGCAGGCAGCCUCAAAUGCAGCAGUACAACAAAGAAAGAUGCUGCUGGAUAAUGAAGGUGAUGGUGACGGAGGUCAGGAUGAGGACUAUGAGCCAGGUACUCCAGAUGUUGGUUCAGAGAGUGACCCUGAUUUCAGUGACGAGGAGGAGGAUGUUGAAGAGUUCAUAAUUAAAAAGGGGGAGAAAGUGAAAGAAAAUAAGGAGGCCAAAUCAAAAGCACAAAGUUCAAAGAAAGAAAAGGUGCUUAAAUCCAGGCUCAGUGCAACAGAUGUUAGUUCAGAGAACGACCCUGAUUUCAGUGACAAAGAGGAGGAGGAUGUUGAAGAGUUCACAGUUAAAAAGGAGGCGAAAAUGAAAGAAAACAAGAAGGAGACCAAAUCGAAAGCACAAAGUUCAAAGAAAGAAAAUAAACCUCUUAAAUCCAGGCUCAGUGCGACAGUGACACCUGCAGCUGCAAGUCCAGCUCCCACCACAUCUCUACCCAUAUUGAUGAACGUGACCCUUGCAGCCUCCAAACCUCUCCAGGUUCAGAGCCCAUCUGGUGCCAGGAAGCCCAAGUGGACCCCGCCAGCGCAAAUUGGAAGAAGCCCAAGCGCCUCUGAAAAUCUGGCAGUAAAAUCCCCAAGCCAAGGCCUCCGACUUGGACUGUCCCGGUUUGCCAGAGUGAAGCCGUUGCACCCAGGUGCAGCCAGUGACUGAACUCCUUUUAGCCUGGGCCCUUCUUCAAGAACCCUUUUUCUAUAGUGUGUUACAACUAUGAAUAAUUUGAUCUAUAUGGGAGUUCACAUAAGACAUUUGUAUAGGGGCAGCAGUAUUUGUAACAAUAUUAUUAUAUACUACUUUCAUAAUUUGGUGGAGACAUUUUUAAAACUAUGUUAGAGCGGGCUGUUUACAGACUGGGGUCCAGAUCAAACCCUGAAAGCUUGUAUUUACUUUUAAAUAUUUAUAUUAAAAUCAGUGAUUUUGUUUUGAAGCACAGGCAAGCUUGGAAAUAAUACAAUUUAAAUGGUUUAGUAUGCUCAAGAGGCAACUCGUUGCAGGUAGGAGCAUUUUAUUUAUUGUACAUGAGUUUUUUUUUUUUUUUAUGGGUUUAAACUUAAUUUUUCCUUUUAAGAAAUUUGUCUUUGCACUUUCUUGAAAACGGCCCUGUAUUUUAGUCUGAUGCUAUCUUCUACAUUUUCACUGAGUACCUUUUUAUUUUUUUCUGUGUUUGUAUCAAAUUUAUA